UCGAUACAUUGUUUUCUGCAAACAUGAAAUAAACAAAAAUUAGUGAGUUUCUCGGAAUUAAGUUCACAAAAGAAUUAAUCCGUAUUGUAAUGAAUUUGACAAAAUAUCUGAUGGUAUCUCAAUAUCAUGAAAAAAACACUACACAUGUCAUUUUAACUGUCUGAUCGAUUAUCCGAAUAUACAUAUAUCGUAAAAAUUCGCCAGUAUGUUGAAACAAUAAUUGUAAAUUGCACAUCAUAGUUACAACGGCACUUGACUUGUAUAUAUGUAAAAUAAGAAGAUGGGAUAUUAUUGCGCUUGGGGAGAUGCGAAGAUGAAGGGCAGCUCCGAGGAGGAGGGUUAUGAAAAUCGUGUCACUGACAUUGGAGAGAAGAGAAGAAGGCGCGCCUCGAACAUCUAUGGAGAAGCUCCGCUCGUUCCGGCUCCACCGAUCUCGGAUGAUACCGAUCGACAAUUCUGGGCGGAGGAUGAGCUGAGCAGCUCAGAGUCACGGCAGAGAUUAACUGCAAGGAGGAAGCGUCGACAUAGCGUUUCGUACAGGAACCGCGCCGCGAACAAGAGUCGAUCUCGCGCUUCCCGUCCCUCGAAUUCCAGCUCUGAUUCGAUCCACGCGGAGACUUCGGCUAAAGUUUGCAGAAUACGAAAACAUUGGUUGAAUCCUAAAAUAGAGAAAUUACAAUCAAGAAAAGCGUACAUCAAUACUGAGGAAACUGCUUGCACAGUAAACAAAGUAAUCUCUUCAGAACAUCAAGCAUCUACUUCUAGCUCGCGCCUCGAGAAUCAUGAAUCAGUCUUGUGGCGAGAAAAUUAUUGUGAACAAGCAGACAACAAACGUACAUUAAACGUUAAGAAAGUCCGUCUGAAAAAAACACAUGGUCCACCUAAAUCUAAACCGAAAUAAAAUUACAAGUCUUCUAGUGAUUAUCAUAAUUAGAAAAUUUCUUCAUAGA